GAAGAGAGGAAAAAGCCAAUGAUCGUUCAGGGGAUGGAACGGCUCCGAGCAACCCAAUGCGGGUUCUCCCAAGUGAAAAUGACAUGAGGCAGUUUUUCAGAGAGGGUGGAUUUUCAGGAAACCCUGAAAUGUAUGCCUUCAACCACUACAAAAGUCUUCUUGGAAACACAGAAUGGAAACCAGUGGUGGGAAUCCGUGACCGACUCUAUGGAUUUGUGAAGUUCUGCCCUGCUGGCACCGAGGGUCAAGUGAAGACAGACAUGGCUAUGGACAUAUCCUUUGGCUCCAGUGGCUACGGCCUUGUUUUAGCUCGUGCAUUCAAAACCGUCGUGUCUGUAAAUUUUCAGCCGUUCUUACGCAAUGCAGCACAGCCCGUCAAGAAGGAAAAGUACUACACGAAUUAUAUCAACGUCGAUUUCCCUGAAAACAUAUUCACCAGGAGCAGCGAAGCUAUAAACCAGGCUGUGAGGCAAAUGGUGGAACCAAUUAAGGAGGACGGUCCCACCAGACCAAUAGAUUUCAUUGUUGUUGGACCUAUUGAAGAUGACCAUAAAAGGAUUACAGUAACCCUUCAGAUAGAGAUGCUGUAUACCACUGAAAUCAUCGAGAAAAAGGCAAUUCUAUUAGCCGUUAGACCGUUGAAGAUUGGACACCGAAAGACAACCAAACGCUUCCUCAGAUAUGAGCCUCCACUCGAGUUAUUCGACCAUGAUUACCACCAAAAAAACGUUCUCCCUAAACUCGAAGCAGAAGUUGGUCCAGAUUUCAGGCUCGUUGAUGGUCUAUCAGGGAUUACUGUCAACUGCGGUGACAUCGAGUGUAUUUUCGAGUUCAUUGCCUACCAGUAUACGGGAGAGACGACGAAGGAAGAAAAGCCUGGGACAACUACUUUAGCAGAUCUCAUGGGACAACCCGAUGAAGACGAAACAAUGUACGACAACGACGAAGCCAGUAGUAGCCAAGUGCAUUUCUCUCGUUCGCAAAGUGGCCCAGUUAACCCACGGCACUCUGAAAACGACCAGGAGGAUUCAUCGCUCUUUUCUCCACCGCUAGUUCAUCCCCAGCUCUCCGAGCUACAAGUUGGUGGAGUCUACGACUUAAGCCAGCACAGAGCACCGCCUAUUCAAAGGAGAAACACAGUAGACGUAGUUCCACGACCAACUGCAGAACUGCAUGGAGGCCAUAGCAGACUAACACAAGUGGAGCAAGAUUUCUCGCCAAGAGCACGUGAGAUGAGGAUGAAGUUGAAAAAUUCAAAGCAAACGACUCUUCGAAAAAGUAUAAGCGUAGCAGGUUCGAGUGACCGAGGAACACCUGACGAUGAUCAGCCAAUGUACGCUUCCGAAUCAGCCACAAGUCACAGCAGGUCGGCUGAUACAGAUGAAAGUCGGGAACCGGACAACGACAGAGCCACUGGUGCUUCUGAGCAACCUCACGGUCCUAUAGCGGGUGACCUCCAACAAGCCAGACCUUUUACUAGGCAGCAGCAUGUUGUGCAGCCAGCUGAUGCCAACAGAUCGAGUUUGGCCCAGUCCGACACAAGGCGUCAUAGGUCUUCUAGCAGCUCACGCCCUCUGCUAUCCUCAAUCGAAGAAAGCAGUGGAGCAAGUGACGAGAACGAUCCCCCUGUAUUUACAGAGAAUUAAAUGAUUGUCUUUACAGACCAUUGAAUGAUCUAAAAUGUAAUAUUAGUACACUUUGUAGACAUAGAUCUUGAAUUUUGCUUUGUCCAUUUUCGCAUUUUCUUGUGUAAUUUUAAGACAAGAACUGCA